AGGGAUGUCUGCAGAGUGAUUAAAAAGGGAUUUUUUUUUUUUUAAACUGUAGUCAUUACUUUUCGUUUUGUUUCAUAUUUGAAAAGAAGUUUGAUUCGAAUCGAGAGGACAAAGAUGCACAUGUCGUAAAAUACAUACGAAGAGAUCAGGAUGUUAAGAAGAUCUCGGUUGUUGUGUGGAAAGCGAAUAUGACCCCCAGGGAUUAGUUUGCUGGUGCUGGUUUGGAGAUUAACUCUAAAUCACUGCUUAAGGACUAAUAGGACUAAUAGGAAUUCUUGGAAACACCAGGGAAAAACCUUAUAGACCAGGCUGUGGAAAUGGCUUUCCAAAACAGUGAAGAUGCAAUGACAGGUGACACGGACAAAUAUCUCGGACCCCAGGAUCUAAAAGAGUUGGGCGAUGAUUCUUUGCCUGCUGAAGGCUACAUGGGCUUUAGCCUGGGAGCCCGCUCUGCCAGCCUCCGCUCCUUCAGUUCGGAUAGGUCCUACACGCUGAACAGAAGUUCUUAUGCCCGAGACAGCAUGAUGAUAGAAGAGCUGCUGGUACCAGCGAAGGAUCAGCACCUGACGUUUCAGAGGGAGUUUGAUUCUGAUUCUCUCAGACACUACAGUUGGGCUGCAGACACCUUGGACAAUGUUAACCUUGUUUCAAGUCCCAUCCAUUCUGGCUAUUCCUCUCCACUUCCCCAGUAUGAUUCAAGUUUCCUGGUUAGUUUUAUGGUCGAUGCACGUGGGGGUUCAAUGAGAGGUAGUCGUCAUCAUGGAAUGAGGAUUAUCAUCCCACCACGCAAAUGCACAGCACCAACCCGCAUCACCUGCCGCUUGGUAAAGAGGCAUAAGCUGGCCAGCCCACCACCAAUGGUUGAAGGAGAAGGAUUAGCAAGUAGACUUGUAGAAAUGGGGCCAGCAGGGGCACAAUUUUUAGGGUGAGUUCUUCUAUGAAUUUCAUUGUUCACACUUGUGUUGCAUCUUCCAUUUCUGUUAUUUUGUGGAUCUAAGAAGUUAAACAUUGACUUUACCUCAUUUGACCAUGUAAGAUUAGGUUACUUAUCUUAAAAUAGUAA